AGUUGAGACUUAGCAAUGGUCAACGAGGUUUAUUCUCGAUAGUGUAUCAAUCAUUUUUAAUAAACAAUACUCGGUUUUUCAGUUUUUCAAUAUUUAUUUUGUACCUACCUACUGUAAAUAAUUGCACACAAGCACAUCCAUCUGUACACUGAAUUAAAUUAAAUUGGUUGUAUUGAUAUUUAUUGUGAAUUACCUCAAUACAGUAAUAAUGAAUAACGAUCAAGGUGACGGAGAUAUAGGGAUGCAGGAAGAAGUGACAAAACAAAGAAUUUUGGCCCAGAAAAAAGAAAAAAAAAUAAAAAUUAUUCGAAUUCUGACCGUAAUCGCAUACUUAGUGUCCGUGUCUACCGUUGCCACCAUGUUAUCUGCAUAUUAUGUUUUUAUUUGGAACCCACACGCUGGUAAUUCCACUCAAACUCCCAAUGCCGAAAGGUUGGUUAUGGCGUUACAGAGGGCUAGUGGUGAAUACGUUUUUGCUAAUAUUGCUGAUCACGAAUAUACAGAUAAUGGGAGAUUCACGUCUGAAGUACCAAAUAGUCAUAAGAACAGCGAUGAAUCCAACAAUCCAGAAAGGUCUAUUAAAUUGCAAUCAUCAACAAUCAAGUCGUCGACAUCUCGCAUUCAAACGUCAAUCGGUAACAUUUCAGAAUCAUUAACUGUGGGGAAGAAUUUAUCAUAGCCUUAAUGCAACAUAUUAUUAUUGUUAUUACAUAAUAUUAUAUUUCAAUUUAUUUUCAAUUUUUGAUACGAAUGGAAAAAAAAAAUAGGAACAUUGUUUAUAGCGAUGACGAGCACAUUUAUGAUUCAUUUUAUAUCGCAGUAUUAAAAAUAAAAUAGUACUAUCAAUCUGCAUAAUUUUCAAAAAAAAAAAACAAUUUAACACGAAAAAACUUUUGAGCAACAUUAUUGUUCACAU